ACUUCUGCAUUUUGACAGGGAGGGAGGACGUUAUCUUGACCCGCAUCCCCCUGGUUGGAAUACAAAUCAUUAUCCAUCUACCUCACUUUACCUACGGACAGCUACAACACGGCACCAAUAUGGGUGAAUGCUGUAUGUCGGCUGAAGAAUUGGAGAGAAAUAAGAUACAUCAGGAGAUUGAGAGACAGCUUCGCCGGGACAAGAGAGAAUCUCACCGCGAGAUAAAGUUGUUGCUUUUAGGGACUGGUGAGAGUGGGAAGAGCACCUUCAUCAAGCAGAUGAGGAUCAUCCAUGGGACGGGCUACUCCGAGGAGGACAAACGAGGCUUCACCAAGCUGGUGUACGGGAACAUCGUCAUUGCUGUUCAGAAAAUGAUCCAAGCCAUGAAGACCCUACGGAUUGAUUUCAAAGAUCACCAGAACAUUGCAAGCAGCUUGUCAGAAGAUUCACUGAGCAGGGUGGAGGCAGACAUAUUGACCAACCUGGAACCAUGGCAGGUGGAUGGCAUCAGAAGACUGUGGAGUGACCAGGGUAUGCAGAAGUGCUACGAGCGCAGGAGGGAGUACCAGCUCUCUGACUCUACCAAAUAUUACCUGAGUGACCUGGACAGAAUCGCUGCACCCUCAUACCUCCCCACUCUGCAGGAUAUCCUCAGGGUCAGGGUCCCUACCACUGGCAUCAUAGAGUACCCCUUUGACCUCAAGACUGUCAUCUUCAGGAUGGUGGAUGUUGGAGGUCAAAGGUCAGAGAGGAGGAAGUGGAUCCACUGUUUUGAGAGGGUCACCUCCAUCAUCUUCCUGGUGGCUCUCAGCGAGUACGACCAGGUUCUCUAUGAGAGCGCCAAUGUGAAUCGAUUAGAGGAGAGCAAAGCCUUGUUUACAACCAUUGUCACCUAUCCCUGGUUCCAGGAGUCCUCCAUCAUCCUCUUCCUCAACAAAACAGACCUCCUAGCAGACAAGAUCUUACACUCCAACUUAGCAGACUACUUCUCAACGUUCACUGGUCCACAGAGAGAUGCAGAGUCUGCUAAGAUGUUCAUCCUGAACAUGUACAAAGAGCAGCACAUAGGGCGUCACAAAUCUCUGUACAACCACUUCACCUGUGCUACCGAUACAGAGAACAUCAGAGUUGUCUCCAAAGCUGUCAGGGACACAGUCUUCCAAGAAAACCUGGAUCGGUUCGGGUUAGGGGUUUAGGACUAGUGUGGUCACGGUUAUAUGCUACAAACAUGUUAUUUUAGUUUGGGGUUACAGUUUUGCUACAGAAUAACUGUGGUCGUGAAUAACACACUUUCUUACUAGAGCAGGACUUCAGAAACAUUGUGAUUUACACUGCCGUUCAAAAGUUUGGGGUCACUUAGAAAUGUCCUUGUUUUUUAAAGAAAAGCACAUUUUUUGUCCAUUAAAAUAACAUACAAUUAUUGUGAAUCUAAUGUACUUGUCCUCUUGCUCACUCAGAGUUGAUAUUGAGAACUCUCCAUAGAGACUGGUGUUUUGCGGGUCAACAGUGAAGCGGCGACUCUGGGAUGCUGGCCUUCUAGGCAGAGUUGCAAAGAAAAAGCCAUAUCUCAGACUGGCCAAUAAAAAUACAAAAUUAAGAUGGGCAAAAGAACACAGACACUGGACAGAGGAACUCCUAGAACUGCCUAGAAGACCAGCAUCCCGGAGUCACUGUUGAUGUUGAGACUGGUGUUUUGCGGUUACUAUCUAAUGAAGCUGCCAGUUGAGGACUUGUGAGGCGUCUGUUUCUCAAACUAGACACUGUAAUGUACUUGUCCUCUUGCUCAGUUGUGCACCGGGGCCUCCCACUCCUCUUUCUAUUCUGGUUAGAGCAAGUUUGCGCUCUUCUGUGAAGGGAGUGGUAUACUGCGUUGCACAAGAUAUUCAGUUUCUUGGCAAUUUCUCACAUGGAAUAGCCUUAAUUUCUCAGAACAAGAAUAGACUGACGAGUUUCAGAAAAAAGUGCUUUGUUUCUGGCCAUUUUGAGCCUGUAAUCGAACCCACAAGUGCUGAUGCUCCAGAUACUCAACUAGUCUAAAGAAGGCCCGUUGUAUUGCCUCUUUAAUCAGCAUAACAGUUUUCAGCUGUGCUAACAUAAUUGCAAAAGGGUUUUCUAAUGAUCAAUUAGCCUUUUAAAAUGAUAAACUUGGAUUAGCUAACACAACGCGCCAUUGGAACACAGGAAUGAUGGUUGCUGAUAAUGGACCUCUGUACGCCUAUGUAGAUAUUCCAUAAAAAACAUCUGCAGUUUACAACAUUAACAAAGUCUACACUGUAUUUCUGAUACAUUUGAUGUUAUUUUAAUGGACAAAAAACGUGCUUUUCUUUCAAAAACAAGGACAUUUCUAUGUGACCCCAAACUUUUGAACGGUUGUGUGUAUAUAUAUAUAUGUAUUUUUUUUUUUAAAUAUAUUUUUAUAUAUCAGCAGUUGUCGCAGUGCUAUACAGAUACCCAGCCUAAAACCCCAAAGAACAACCAUGGAGUUUUUCCUGGCCACUGUGCUUCUGCAUUGCUUGCUCUUUAUGGGUUUAGGCUGGGUAUCUGUAAAGCACUUCAUGACAACUGCUGAUGUAAAAGGGCUUAAUAAAAUACAUGUGAUUGAAUUUGAUUGUAAAACGUAUGAAUUGUAAGAAAUAACAGACAGUCUCCUGAACAUCUACCAUAUUAUGAGAUGGGGUAUCAGUAGGCUAUCCCAUCUGUAUGACAUGGUUGAUGAGAAAAAUACCCUGGGAAGAAUGUUGCCGAUCCUGCCUGCACAGUUCCUGCAGGUUAAGAGGAAGUAAAGGGAAUAUAUGCCUACAGAGUCAAAGUUCCUUAGUUUACAUUUGUGUUGUAAUAGGUGCGUUUCACAUUGUUUUAUAAUUGACACUUUCCUCCUUUUUUGUAUCUAUAAAACCUCAAAUAAAUUAUCAACACAAUUAUCAACACAUUCACAGGAUUCUGGAAUGGUCACUGGUUUGUUCAUGUUUGUGCAGGUAUCUUAGCAAUAAAUCAUUAAAAUCGGCCCUAUGGAGAGUUCUGUCUCAUUUCUCACAGGACAUGUAGAGUAGGGAACUAACCUGUGGUUUAAUAUUGUAAUAGUUCAUGAUAGUCUAUAUAAUAUAUUAUAAACUGGGUGGAUUGAUUGACGGAAAGCAGGUAUGACAAAACAUUUAUUUUUUACUCUUCUCAUUAUGUUUAACCAGUUUAUAAUAGCAAUAAGGAACUUUGGGUAUUGCCAAUAUACCACAGCUAAGGGCUGUGUGUGUGCCUUAUUGUGCCUUAGUGUGCCUUAUUGUGCCUUAGUGUGCCUUAUUGUGCCUUAGUGUGCCUUAUUGUGCCUUAUUGUGCCUUAGUGUGCCUUAUUGUGCCUUAUUGUUUUAAUAUAUAAUAGAAGGGUUAUAAUAAGGAAUAGUACGUCACCUCAUUAUUGGCUUUUUGAACAGCCAGAUUGUGUAUUUCAGUGCUUGACUUGGGCUGGAGAUGUCCAGAACACCGUACCAGCACUUUACAUUUUGGGAAAUUGCAUACCAAAGCAGCCUAUCGCUGGCCCAGAUUCACACACCAAGGCAAAACAAAUAAUCAAAGCAGAAUGAAGGCGGAAUCUUCAUUUAAUAACAAUGGAGAGUGGGCAUUCAUUUUCUGAUUCCUCUGUUCAAAUGUAUCUGCCGCUAGUCUGUGAAUCAGUGAAUGACAGUACACUGAAAAUGUGCCAACCUGAAUGGCCAAAUCAGGUUCCAAAUGGUCAAAUCAGGUUUUGUAAGGUCAUGGAAAGUCAUGGAAAUUAGUUUCCUAAUUGUUCAUGUAAUUCAUGAAAGCACACUUGUAAAUAUGAUCAAUCAAUAAAAAUAACUACAUAUCA